AUGAUAGAGUCGACUUCAAGAAUUAAUUCUGUUCGAUACUUACGCAAGACUAGAAAGUAUUUGUUGGAAACAUUAGACGCAACUGAACUACUUGGAUAUAACAAAGUGGCGUUAAAUACUAGACCAAACACAGCAGCUUUGUUGACUGGAGAUUUUAUAGAAAACUCCUCUUGUUUUAAAGAUUCAGAAGGAGUUGAUAAAUGUCCAUUUAUUUGGAAAGACUUUUCAAGAUUUGGCUAUACAACUCACUAUGGACAGGAUGCAGUAUGCACAUUUUACUCAAAGGACAUGUCUGGCUUCAAAUACCAACCAACAGAUUAUUAUGAUCAACCUUUCCAUGACGCAAAUGAAAAGGAUAACCGAAAAAUAACCAGAUUUUGCUAUCAUGGAAAAUCGUCAUCUGAAUCCGUCAACGAAAGAAUGUUUAAUAUGGUGUCAAGCUUAAAAGACAAUCCGUAUUUCUCAUUGUCGAAGCAUAUACAUAUGACUCAUGAUAGUCUAACCCGUGAUGUAACUAUUGACAGACUUAUUUCAAGGACACUUCAAAGACUACAAAAAAAUAGUUUACUGAACAACACAUUCCUCGCACUGUUCGGGGAUCACGGUAUAAGAACUGGUAAAGUUGGACCAACCUUUAUUGGCCAAUUAGAGGAGAGACUUCCAAUGAUGUUUAUGUAUGUUCCGCCUUGGUUCAAAACAAAAUAUUGUAGCUAUUUUAAGAAUUUAAGAACAAAUGCAAGAAGACUUACGACACAUUUUGACACUCAUUCUACUCUAUUGCAUCUUCUUGAUCUUGACAACAAUCAGCAUGGAAUAAAUACCUAUCGUCAAAAAGGCAUCUCCCUUUUCAAGGAAAUGGCGAGGAAUAGAUCAUGUCAAGAUGCUCAUAUUCCGUCUAAGUGGUGUGCAUGUAAUUUCCGUUUAUAA